CUAAAAACUUUAACAACAGUCUCUUAAGUUAUGAGAUCUUGCGCUAUAAAUUCACACUAUAACUGAUCACUCAUCAACAUACACAAUACUUCUCAAUCCCUUUGAUUAACAGUUAACACUUAACAAUGGCUGUCGUGACACAUGAAGUCGAGGUUCCCACUGCUGUCUCCGCCGCCAAGAUGUUUAAGGUCUUCCUAAAAGAAUCUGACACCAUUCUUCCUACAAUCCUCCCUGCGUUCAUUAAGAAUGUGGAGGUUCUUGAAGGAAAUGGAGGACCUGGAACUGUCAAGAAGCUUAAUUUUGCAGAAGGCAACGACUUCAAAUAUUUGAUAACAAGAAUUGAUUCAAUGGACGAGGAGAACUUGGCAUGCUCGUAUACUAGAUUUGAUGGGGAGCCAUGGAUGGAGACAUUGGAAAAGGUCUGCUACGAUGAGAAAGUUAUACCUACGCCUGAUGGAGGAUCCAUUUGCCAGAGUAUUGUGAAGUACUAUCCAAAAGGUGAUGCUAAGAUUGAUGAAGAAGUACUCAAGGCUGGGCAUGACAGGAUCAUGGGAGUCUUUAAGGUUAUUGAAGCAUAUCUGUUGGCAAAUCCUGAUGCCUUCAAUUAAAAUUAAAAGUUCAUUUUUUUUUCAGCCUUUUUUUUGGGCCAAAAGCUAUUUAUUGAUGUAUGUAGUUUUGGUCAUUUAAUAAAAAUUGGAAGUUGAGUUGAAAUGGAUGCU